CCUCAAAUAGACACCGUUUCGCGAGGAAAUGGUACCGCAUUUUAAACAUUGACUUCUCUGCAGAUUUUCACACACGUGUUUAAGUGAAUGGACUUCAGCUACCAUACCAAAUUGUCAGUGAUGUUGUUGAGAGAUGGGGGUUAAAGCCAGCAAUUUGAUGUGGUACGACCAGACCGGUCGUACAAAAGACUCAUUCUAUAUCUACAGCUUCAAGUUACCUCCCCCUAGUUUUAACUACAAUUGGACUGACCUCCACUACGCAGCCAGUCAUGGAAACACAUCCAGAAUUCAGGAAAUCAUACAUAAAUCAGGAAACAAAAGUGUGAACUACCAAGACUACUACGGUAAGACACCAUUGUACUGGGCUGCCUAUAAGGGCUACAAGUCUUGUGUUGAGGAACUCCUGAAAUGUGGUGCAUUAAUUAACAUUCACUGUCGAAAUGGAGGGACACCAUUACAUGCAGUAGUUGGACUCUACCCUGAUUGUGCCUUAUUUCUCAUACAACAUGGAGCCAAUGUAAACCACGUGGAUAAUUGGGGUGUGACACCCAUGUAUUUAGCAGCCUCCAGUGGUCAGCUGGAGGUCAUCAGGUACCUACUGGCAGCUGGGGCUAAACCAACAUUCCGAAAUAGGAAGACGGGUGAUAUUCCCAAACAGCUUGGUGUUCAUAAGCAGUUUUGUGAUUGGCUUGUGAAGUUAUCCAAGAACCCACCGUCCCUUCAACAGCUGUGUCGUACCAAAGUCAGAGAGAGGCUCGGUGAACCACUCAAGAUUAAGAUGACCACCUUGAACAUUCCAACAAAAAUGAAGGCAUACGUUUCCCUGGAGGAGUUUAGCUAGUCUCUGUGCCUUAAGCAUUAUAUGCAAUUUACUUUAGAUAAUACCAGUAGGUUAUAGGAAGUUCUUCAAAUGGUGUCUUUUGAUAUGCAGAUCUUGGAGCAUUUGAUUGUAAAGAAAUGGUUUAGCAAGGUUCAUAACAUCAGAAUAGUGGACUGUGCCAGUAUUUUGUUUUACUCCAGUAAACUGGUAUUGGUCUUUGCGAUGUCUGCUCAAUUGAUGUUGUACAUGUUACAUAUAGAGUUAAUAUAUUUACAUUCCAAAAUAGUGAGCUUGUAAACAGGGACAAGGGGGCCCAAUCACUUUUGAAGUCUCUGACAAGGUUUUAUGCAAAGCAUAGCCGAAUCGACUUUUAUGUGAUAACAAAUUGUUACCACUUAGGUAAGGAAGAAAAUAUUCCUGUUGUUUUCUCUGUUAAUGUAAUCUUAUUGUACUAUUUUCUGUACAAGUGAAUACAAGAUUUUAGUGUAUCAGGUAGUUUUCAAUGUACAGCUUAAACAUUUUGUUGAUACAUUACCACCUUGAACACUGAAUAUGUCGGUGCAAACACACUUCACACUGUUUUUCAUUUGGUGAAUGUGACAGUGUAGUCUUUGAAAUGUCACACAUAAUUUUCUUACUGGUUGAAAUACAUGAACUUUUAUUUAAUAUAUAUUUAGCAAUCCAAAGAAAAUAUUUCACAAUAUACACAUAGUCAUCUUUUAACAGCUAUGACAUUUUCUAAGUGUUCUCUGUACUGAAAUUUUGAUUAUUUUGCUCCCCAAAGAGAGAGCAUAAAGUGGCUGCUUUUUCUGUCAGUAAAUUUGUCUGUCCAUCGUACACUUGUCUGGAGUGUAACACAAAAACUGUAAGAGGCAUCAACAUAAACAUUCAUAGGUAGAUAGAUCUCAACAAGGAGAAAUGUCGUGUACAAGAACCAUAACUCUCUAUGCAUUAUUUAGGAAUUAUUGCCCUUUGUUAUUUUUGUACUUAAAUUUUGUCCAGGGCAUAAAACAAAAACUAUAAGAAGUAUCAAAAUAAAACUCCUAAGUGGAUAGAUUUUGAUGAAUGAAAGUGCAGUGUACAAGAACCAUAGUUUUUUUUUCCCCAUUUGGGGAGCAUAACCCGUCUCCGACAGCCCUUGUUACAUGAAGGGAGUACAUUUAUAUGCAUAUGGUAUAUUAUUGUGUGCGUCAUACUUUUGUGAUGUAAAUGUUGGUUCUACAAUAUAAAACUUGUGUAUAUAACAACCAUGGCGUACCAUUAUACACAUGUAAUUACAGAAUAAAUUUUCUGCAAACCUUUUCUUUUCAAGGUAUCUGGGGUAUCUUAGUA